GGAUAUUACAAUCGUAUGCAGAAGCAGCCGAUGAUUCGCGCUGUGUCCUCUCAGGAUAUUGCUGGGAUUGUGGUUGGACCGUCUGAUCAGAAAGAAGAGCGUUUUCGUGGCAAACGAGGACGCAGUGGUGCCGAAAAACAAGAUGUUGCUAACAAACGACAAAAGCACGAUGGAUCAGGGCCCAGCGAAACAAAGAGUAGCGUUGCUCGGAAAACGCGCUCCAAGACACCGCAGACGACUGUAACCACAGUGACUGUAGGCGUGGAUGCUCGAGAAGCCAUGGCGAAUAAAGAAGCGAGUAUGAAUUCGCUGCAGUUUGAAGAGGCGCAAAAUGAAGAAGCAGUGCAGACAGGAUGGAGUCUGCGCAGUAAGAUUGAUUCACUGGAUGAAAUGGGAAAGAUUGCAGAAAAAAAUGAUAUCACACCGACGGAAGUGAUGAAGUCAACGCCAUGUCCUCCACGAGAAAAAUCCACCGGCAGUUUGCCAAAAACGCGCGUAGCAGCGAAGAGUGUACGAUCAUUCGCAGAGCAGCAAAAAAAGCCGGCGCAAAAUGGUUUCGAUAACGUUGAAAUGGAAUCUGCAGCAGACGGUAAGGCAGAGGAAUGUAGAGAGGAUAAGGAGAAUACAAAUAACCGUCCGAAACAAAAUGUGGAAGAUGCUGCAAUGAACCAAGCGCCAGAAAGUGCUGAUGACAACUACAACAUCGAUGACUUAUCCUCGGGUGACGAAACGGACGACGAAACACAACCGCGCAAACGAAUCCCACUUUGGGCACAAGUGGCGCGUACCUGGGCACGAAUACGUGGAACUGUUGUUCGCAAUGCGAUUUCAUACAAAUGCGACUUGUGCUAUGUGAAUAUAGCACCAUACCAUCAGAAACCAGCCCCUGGAAAAGCUAUAAGCAACUUUCUUAGAGAUGGGCCGUUAAACCGAGCUUUAGAGGAGCAGAUAUUACACCCGAGCAUCGAUGCUGAUACUUUUUUCGGGCCGGUGCGUCUGCCUAAUCUCACCAAAAUCUUCUUAAAAAGCCGUAGCCGAUAUGCGAAAAGAACUUCAUCGGCGCUCUGGACAUCGCCGCUGAGUGACCCGAAGCCGGGGACGAGCAAAUUUUUUGAGGCGUUGAAGAAGAAAAGGGUUGCCAAACCUCUGUAG